UUUAAUCGAUUUCUUAAUCUUAAACUUUUUUUGUAUAUUUUAAGGUAUACCAGCAUUUCUAGGAAUAGCAUAAUAUAGUUAUGGCAGUUUUCAGAUAACCGAGAUUGUAGUGCCUUUGUAUUAAUUUAUUAAUAUAUAUUUCUCAUUAUUUAAUAUACGCUCUUGCCUUUUGCAGUAAACGCUUGAAUAUUAUGGCCUCUUGUGAAGAAUCUAAUGAAGAUGGCUUGAAACCAGUUUUAUCCUCUCUGCAUGAAUUGAUAUACAGCAUGGGGCGUUUAAAAUUUUCUUUAAGAUCUCUUGCUGCUAUCGAAAAGCAAUUAUCCCUAGUUUCAGAACAGGAAACUGAUUGCAUUAAAGAUAAUUCACCUUUACCAGACUCUAACAGUGUUCUUGAGAAAAUAAUACAUGAAAUUGUUUCUAAGAGACUGAGUGGAGAAGAAAAUACUGCCAAUGAUUCUGCUUGUAAAGUAACUGCACAAGAGCAGCAUAUUACUAAUGUUGAAGAAUUAGAAAUUGUGUAUGAAAAACUUCAAAAUGAAUUAAGAAGGAUACGACAGUAUCAUCUAAAUGAAUUUGGAAAGGUGCUGAAAGAAAGUGCAAUCUGAAAGCGUAAUAUUAUUUUUAUUAAAAUUCCCCUUUUAUAAAGAGACAUUCUAUAAAAUGUUUGUUGUUUAUAAUAGUAGUAUAAAACAAAUUGCUGAAAGCUAUGUAUUGUUUGAAAGGUAUGAGCAGAGAGAGAGACUGUAAAGGAUAUAGGAAUUUCUAUUUUUUUAAGGACUGUUUUUUUAAUCCCCCUUUCUUUCUUAAUGUCUGAUAUUACUUUUGUUUAUUAUAACCUAUUAAAGGCAGCCUUUUCUUGAUUUCCAGUGACAGACAGUAGUCUCUUCUCGACAGUUUAAACAAACCAAAUGGCAGGAGCACUUUUAUAAGAAAUUAAAGUAUUUUUGCAUUUAUUUUAUCAAUAUUCAUUUAAUGCUCAUUUUGCCUUUAUUUUUAUAUUUAUUUGAAUAUUAAAAUGUCAAUUAAUGUUUAAAAGUUCAAACAUUUUUUGUAUUUUGCAUUUGUCAUAAUUGUAUAGAAUUUUCAUUUAAAAAAUCAAAUGAUAAUUAUAUUGUAUUCAUUUUUGUAUCAUUCACAAAAAUUGACUUGGAAAUGCUGCUUUUUGAAACUGUUUGUGAACAGUUAUCUAUGGAGGCAUUGUUUGCUGUAUAAAAUAUAGUUUGAUCUUUUCUAAUGAUGCUUAUAUGUACUUUAGCUGAUUUCUUUCAAUUAACCACGAUUUCAGAUUUUGCUGGCCAGUAUCUGGUACAACUAAACUGCUUUAAAAUGUGAAUAUGUUUUAAAAAAUAUUAUAAUGCUUUUAAUCAGUUUACUUAAUUUUUUAAGGUAUUUGUAAAAUAUUUUGGUAAUUAUUAAGUGUUAAUAGAAAAGUAUAUAUAAAUAUUUAUACUAGUUGUUUCUUCACCUCAGCAGAAAAUAAUUCUGAGUGCCAUGACAAAUAGAAUGGAACUACCUUCAACCUGUUUUCAUUUCUUAGUUCACUCAGUAUGUACAUGCUUUAACAAUGGAUUGAACAGGCUGUAAUGUUUCUCUUCUGUAAUAGAGCCGGUAUCAUUAUUAUUUGUAGGAGUUCUAUGAUCUGCCAAAAUAAAACUGAAAAGUGCCCACAUACUUUUUAUGUAGAAAAUAUUCAGCUUUUUCCCCUUGCCUUAGUAAAUCCCAAAUCCAAAUGAUUAUUAACCUAAAUUUUGAUUAACAAGUUGUGGCUUUCAUCUUGAUAAGUUUGUUAAGAAAGGCUGUAUUGUAUUGAAAAAUCUUUUAAUUCAAACAGUUAAGAAAAAGAAAGUAAUUAAUGUCCUAAGAUAUGAUGAAUGCUCAUUUGUGGUUAUAUUUUGAAUUUUUCUGUAUUGAGAAUUUCUUAUUCUGUUGCAUUUUUCAAUAUCUUGAAUUCUGGCUAAUAUAUACAAGUUUAAAAUAUAACUUUAGAUGGAAAAUAUAGAUUCUAAAGAAAUUAAUAUGUGCAAUAGUAAAAGUUUUUUAAUAAUCACAUUUUUUUUUUUUGAAAUAGCAACAUAAAGAUAAAACAAAAUAGUGAAUAAACCACUGCAGAAAACUGAAUAAUUGAUAAAUAAGCUUAAUUUAUACAAAAUGUUAUCAAAGGUUCUUUAAAACCAAAGAAGGUUUUACAUUUAUCGUGACACCUCAGUCAGGUUUGUAUCCAAGAAUUGUGAAAUUGUAAGCAUACUCAUGUUCCUGUUAUGAAUGUAUUAAAUAGUAUGAAAAUUUUGCAUGGAAUUAAAAUUUUAUUGCUUAUAUGAUUUAAAAUUAUUAUCAUAUACUAGCUUUAGUAUCCAUUAUCUCUUUUCAGUUUUUCAAGGUUUGAUUGGUUACUUCUUUCAAUGUAUUUAAAUGCAUACAGUAUUUUGUAGGAAAUAUUUUAAGGAUGUUGAAGAGUGAUGCCAUUACUCUCUGAUGAUAAUUUUUAAAAUAAAAUCAUACUUCAAAAUUUAUUUAUUUUCUAUCAUUUUGCUGAAAAUGAAAAGUGAUAUAUUUGGAGACAGUUGGGGGUAGCUUGCUAAAUUGCUUAAUAUCGUUUAAAUUAUAACAAAAGAAAUUGAGUGAUUUUUUAUUCAUUAAAUGGUUAAUAAAAGAAAUUCACUAGUAUAAACUACAAUGAAAUGAGUGUAGUUUAUAUUUUAUAUCAAAAAAUCUUUUCUCUAUUUGAAAUGGAAAUAUGGUAUUUUAAUGGCAGUUUUAUCAUUGGCAAUAGUUUGGAAAAUUUUUAUCAUGCUAAAAUGCAUUAUAAAGAUUAUUUCUUUCAAUAGAUUAUUAUCCCUGUUUUAUUACCUUUCUCUUUCUUGCAGUAUAAUUUUUCUGUGUGUGUCUUUUUAAGUAUUUUUGGAAAAAUUUACAUGUAUUUUCUGGUUCGAUUAUUAAAAUCAGCUAGCUGCUUGAAUGACAUAUUAAGAUUUCUUUCGAAAGUUAAUUAUUGAAAAGAAUGCUACAAAUUUUAUGUUAUUUAUUAAAAGGCUAAACUGAAAUGUUUAGUUUCAUUUCAUUUAAAAAUGAGUUUGAAAUGUUAAACAGAUUAAAAGCACUUGUUUGUUGCUUUUCCGUUCUUUUAUAAACAUUUAGAGCGAUGAAUUUCCGCAUAUACAGUCACUCUGGCUAACUGUGUCACGUGGUAAUAUGGCAAAUUUACUACUGUCUCAGCAAUUAAAAGCAAUUAUAGGCAUAACUUGCAAUAUUGUAUGCUAGGAAGAGGAUGGCGAGAGCUUGAAUGAGUGAAGAGAUGUAGAAACUGAAGAUUUCUGGUCGGUGAGGGUGGAAUGAGAUGAUUGGUUCAGUCAUCUGUUGGCCAAUUGGCAAACCUAGAAAGGAAGUGCAUCUGCUUGCAAAUCAGGCAUUGGUCGGGAGAAGGGGCUUAAUUAUAAAAUUUGCUUUAAAAGUUAAAUUAGUAAUUUAUUUUACAUUAUUUGGUAGUAAAAGAAUCAUAAAGUAAAAUAACAGGUGGCCUAAACGACUAUUAAGAUAAUAAUCAAAUUAGGAUUACAGUAUUAAAAAUGAAAUUAACUUAAUUAAAAGAAUUAGCUCGUGCUGAAGGUAAAUUACACUAAUGACUCCUAGAUGGCGACACAGUUGCCAUGUAGACUUGGGAUAGUUAAAUCUUUUAUCCAUGGAUGGCGAUACAUAUGCAUGAAUUUUAGAGUGGGUUAAAAGUGAUAAAAAUUAAUUCAUGCAAGAAUUAAGAGAUAGUAGGGUAAAAUUGCAUAAAGAUCACAAUUACAACAUACUUACUAUGCAUUUAAGUGCAUUAGGACCACUCCGGGUCUUUUUUCUGUUGUCUCUAUCAAGAUAGUUGUAGUUCAGCUGAGGUAUAGAGCUGUGCAUUUCAAGCCGAUUGCAAAGAUUUUUUUUUUAAACAUGCUUUUGAAUUGCUUCGUGUAGCUAAUAUAAAGUGUUCCAUUUUUAUGUUUCAUUUAUUUUGUAUGGGUAUUUAUGAGGGCAUUAUGCAUUUUAUAUAUCUUUUUAAUUUAAAAUUUACAAUAAUUUGCUGCUAUACUUCUCAAUUUUUUUUAUUUGACAGCGACCGAAUUUAUAAGGCUUCUGAACACUGGUAUUUCAGUGCAAGUUGAAAUCCUAAUGAAUAGACUGGCUGCAUGUGUAUUUUUAUGGUUUUCUUUGUGUGUAAGUUGAAUAUGAGUAUCUCCAGAAAGGUAUCCCUUCCAUUCAGGCAGAUAUAUUUUUAGGCAGAUAUUUUCUAUUUCAGCACCUAAGUGAAAGCAUCAGUAUUAAAAUUCAAGAAUGUACCACCUUUAUCUCAUUUUAAAUAUGAAAAAUAUUAAAAUUUUUGCCUCUAGAAACUUUUUAAAGUUGAAAGUUGCCAAUUAUAACUUUUUAUAAUUAAUUCGAAAUUUUUUGUAGCUAAUUUAGCAUUCUUCAUUCUUCACAUGAGGUAGGUACCUCACUAACCUUACCUCUGUCCUUGCUGUGAUAUUAGGAUUAUCAUAAGCUAUUUAACUAUUGCAGGCUUGUUUACUGGAAUGAAAUGAUUUAUCCCACAUAGCACAAAAACAUCCUUGGGAUAUCCCGAGGAUGUUGCUCGCGGGAUAUGGGCACAUCCUCAGGACAUCCCGGGAUAUCCCACUAACCUCCUAAACACAUCCCAUUAUAUCCUAAAAACAUUCUACCUAUGUCCCAUUGACAGUGUAUGCAAUGUUAUUAGGAUUUAAAGUCCUACUUACUACAUCCUAAGGACAUCCCAUAAUACCCCAGUUUCCUCCUAAACUCAUCAUCCCGAGUGCUUAAUGUCACAUCCCAGUAUAUCCUUAGG